GGAUUAUACACAGAAUAAUAAAUAUCAAUUAAUAACAAAGUUUAUCAAAUUGUACAUAUAAAUGGCAUCUAAUACAACAAUACCAGGAUUGGCAUUUUAUGAUUCAUUAAUUAAUAAUAAUAUAUCAGAAUCAAAACGAUUAGUUGAAAUACAUAAAAUUGAUAUUAAUGCCAGAUUAAGUCAUGUUCGUAAAAGAAAUCAUACAGAUCUAUGUCCAGUACAUUUAGUAGCCUAUAAAGGAAAUUUAGCUAUGUUACAUUAUCUUAUACAAAAUGGUGUUAAUGUACAUCAACCUACUUGUACAUUACAACGUCGUCCAGUUCAUUAUGCUGCUUUACGUCAACAAGUGUCAUGUCUUCAAAUGUUGUUAAAUGCUGGGGCACAAAUUGAUGCGCGUGAUACAUUUGGAAAUACUCCACUGCAUUAUGCAGCUGAAGAUGGCGAUGGUGGACUGCUUAGCCUUCUAUUGAACAAUGGUGCUUGUGUUGAUGCUCAGGAUAUUACAAAUAAAACACCAUUAAUGAAAGCUGCACGUAGUGGUAAAGUAUGGGCUGUUCGACGACUUUUACUAUUUGGUGCUAAUGUAAAUGUAAAAGAUCGUAAUGAUGAAACAGCAUUACAUUUUGCUUGUCGACAAGGAUCUACAGAAAUAACUAGAAUGUUAAUUAAAGCCGAAUCACGUUUAAACGCACAAAAUCAAAUUGGUUUAACACCAUUAAUGGAAUCUGUAUCGUAUAAUCAACGAGAAGCUGUUAGCUUAUUGAUAAAACAUAAAGAUAUUGAUUUGUAUAAAAGAGAUUUUUGCACUGGUGAUACAGCUUUACAUAUUGCUGUGAAAAAGAAUUAUAUACAUAUUGUAGAAAUAUUAUUAAGAGCAGGUAAUUGGUAUAUCGAAUAUAAUUAUAACAAUUUGGGAGAAUCAUUUGUACACGAUGUUGUUGCAUAUAAUCGAUUAGAAUUAUUACGUUUAUUUCUUGCAUAUAAUUAUGAUUUGGAUAGACCAGCUAAACGUCUUCCACCGAAUAUACAUUUACUUUCAUCUUUAAAUCAUCAAACUCUAUUGAAAAAUACACAAAAUACUAUUACAACAUCAAUGAUUCAAUCAGAAUCAAAUAAUCGAACAUCUAUAAAUUCAUUUGAAAAAUCACCAUUUAAAAUGGCAUUAGAACGUGGACAUCUUGAUAUGGCUAGAAUAUUAGCUGAAGUUGGUUGUUUUUGUACACAUUUACCAAUUAAUUCAAAUAGUAUACCAUCAGUAUGUACAACUUCAUCAUCCUCAUCGUCAUCUUCAGCAUCAUCAUCGUCGUCGAACAACAAUAAUAUUCCCGAAACGAAUUCAAUCAAUUCAACAGUUAAAAAUUCUCAUUUCAUUAAUCAAAAUCUUUUAACACGACGUUAUAAUGGUUUACUUGAAGUUAAAUCUUUACAAAAAUGGUGUCGUAAAGUGAUAAGACAACGUUUAGGUUUUCGUCUUAUUGAAGCAUUACCCUUAUUACCUAUACCAGUACCAUUAAAAGAUUUUCUAUUACUUCGUGAUAUUGAUUGGUCAAUUUAUUUAAAUAAUAUUCAUAAUAAUAAUAAUAGUAAUAAUCGUAGUUCUAUUAUAAAUUCAGGGGAAUUAGCCAUUAUAGUACCAACUUAA